GGUUUUCCUAUGCACGUGAUCGUCGUGGCCAAGGCUUUCUGGCGGCAAACUAAACGUCGAGAGCAGCUGAAGGUCAUACUGGGUACACACUUUCUGAAUGGCUACAAGGAGCCGUACUUUACUUUUCCUUCAGUAUCGCAAUACGAUAGCGCGAUCAUCGCAUCGUGGAGGCCCAAUAACCUCGUCAUACCAAGCAGAUGCAGAAACUGAAGGCUUAAUCGACAGCUCCGACACCGUCAUUGAGAUGUCAACCCUUCCUCCCAAAUGGGUUGAUAUCGUGGAUGAGGUUGAAGAGGAUGUAAAAGACAUCAAGGAGAAAAUCAAUAGACUUGACGGAAUGCACAGAAAGCAUUUACUUCCUGGAUUUGAUGAUCGAUCGUCGGAUAAAGCUGCAAUAGAGGAAUUAACGGAGGGUAUUACUAUGCAAUUUCAUUCAGCAAAGAACAAGAUAAAGAAGAUUGGUACAGAAGGAAAGCGAGGCACGUCACAGCAUGAACAACAAAUGAGCAUUAAUAUCCAGACCAGCUUGGCAAGUAAAGUUCAAGAGAUCUCUUCCUCCUUCCGCAAAAAACAGUCUGCAUAUCUACAAAAAAUGCAGGGGCAAGAGAGCCGAAAGACCGAUAUUUUGGGACUGGAGAGCAGUUUAAGCACAGAAGCAGCAGAUUUACUGCUGACGGAGGACACAAAUAUGGGAUUCACCGAGUCGCAACUGGCAAUGAUGGAGUCCAAUGAAGCUGUCAUAGACCAACGUGAACGCGAAAUUAAUCAAAUUGCGAAGUCCAUUUAUCAGCUGGCCGAUAUCUUUCGUGAUUUACAAACACUGGUCAUUGACCAAGGUACCAUGUUGGAUCGUAUAGACUACAAUAUCGAGCAAACAAACGUACAAGUGCAACAUGCGGUUGUGGAGUUGGAUCAGGGAGCCAAAUAUCAAAAGAAGACAAGGAAUCGAAAGUUGAUCUUGUUGUUAAUACUAGUCAUUAUGCUCCUCAUUGUCAUAUUAAUAUUUAAACCAAAGCGCUCUAGAUAACCAUGUAUCAUAUUGCAUUGUGAAAAUCAUAAAAUACCCAGACUUUUUUCAGACCACUUGA